AUGGCCGCUCUCAGAAAUCUCCUAGUCGCUGCAAGUGUCGCAUCAGUUGCUGUUGCCAGUGGGAGUGAUAGCUUAAAAUCAUGCCUCCGCUAUGCAUUGACAGAUAGCGGCAGUGUCGCUUUCCCCGGUGAUCUCUUCUAUCAGCAGGUCGACGUCAAUCGCUAUAACCUCAAUAUCCCCGUCACUCCAGCUGCGGUGACGUUUCCGACUUCAUCACAACAGGUCGCCGCGGUUGUUAAAUGUGCUGCAGACAAUGAAUAUCCCGUUCAAGCGAAGAGUGGAGGGCAUAGCUAUGGCAAUUAUGGCCUGGGUGGAACUGAUGGAACCGUUGUCGUCGAUCUGAAGCACCUCCAACAGUUCUCCAUGGAUAGCACGACUUGGAUAGCAACUAUUGGGUCUGGAACCUUGCUAGGGGACGUGACACAACGUCUCCACGAUGCUGGAGGACGAGCCAUGUCGCACGGAACUUGUCCGCAGGUUGGCUCUGGUGGACAUUUCACAAUUGGGGGCCUCGGCCCAACUUCACGACAGUUCGGCGCCGCUCUGGAUCAUAUCGUGGAAGCAGAAGUUGUGCUAGCUAACUCGAGCAUUGUGACAGCAUCGGACACGCAAAACCAGGACGUUUUCUUCGCUAUCAAGGGAGCCGCAUCUGGAUUUGGCAUCGUCACCGAGUUCAAGGUUCGAACAGAGCCCGAGCCCGGCACCGCUGUCAAGUAUGAGUAUACCUUCAAGGUUGGAAGCACUCAAGAGCGAGCCGAUUUGUUCAAACAAUGGCAAGCCUACGUGUCCAACCCCAACUUGACACGAAAGUUAGCUUCCACACUCACUGUCCUUGAAGACAGCAUGGUUAUCACGGGCACUUUCUUCGGCACGGAGGAAGAAUACAACGCACUAGACAUAGGCAGCCAAUGGCCCGGGGUGAACGGCAGCGCCAUCGUCUUCCAAGACUGGCUUGGUCUUGUCGGCAACUGGGCUGAAGAAGCUGCCUUGCAGCUUGGAGGGGGCGUUCCCUCUAACUUCUAUUCCAAGUCCACGGCUUGGACGCCCAGCAAUCUGAUGAACUCUGACACAAUCGACAAAAUGUUUGAAUAUAUCGACAAUGCGGAUAAGGGGACUUUGGCGUGGUUCAUUCUUUUCGAUUUUCAGGGUGGUUACACCAAUGAUAUCCCGACAGAUGCGACUGCGUAUGCGCACCGUGACGUUCUGAUCUGGCUACAAUCGUACAGCAUCAACUUGCUAGGUUCUGUUACACAGACCCAGAUCAAUUUCCUGGACGAGGUCAACUCGCUCGUCACCAAUGAUGGGGCUCCGUAUUCAGCUUAUCCGGGAUAUGUUGACCCGCUCAUGGAGCAUGGUCCCGAAGCAUACUGGGGCGCCAACCUCCCUCGAUUGCAGCAGAUCAAGGAGGAGAUUGAUCCCCAGAAUGUAUUCCGCAACCCGCAGAGUCCAUCUCCUGCAAACUGA